AUGUCUGCGCUCGACUACCGCGACGGCCUUCGUCCCUACGCCGAGUCGUCUUGUCGCACGGGAUUAGACGACCUCCCCGACGAGACCUACGUCGUCCCCACGCCAUACGUCCCUGGGCCUCUACCGCCGCGCCCCGCUCCCCCGGCCUUUGUCUACGAGCAAGCACCCUCCCGGAUGUCUAUCCUCGACCCCUCUCGUGCGCCUCCGCCGACUCAGGCUCCGUUCCCCAUCUGGACGUCAACCUUCAGAUUCCCCACGCCUCCUCCAGCGCCGUCCCCGCCGCGGCAGCCCUCCCCUCCGCCCGCUCCUGCCCCUGCUCGCAAGGCCGCCCGCUCCUCUGCUCGCAAGCCUGCCCGCGCCUCUGCGCCCAAGCAUGCACGCCCCUCGGCGCGCUCCUCGGCGCGCAAGGUAGCGCCGCCACCGCCAUCUAACCCCAAGCUUGUUCUCCACCUCCCGAACUUCGCGUUCGACAGCGCGCAGCUCACCCCCGCUGAGACGUGCCCUCUGCCACCCAUGGCACCCGCUCCCGCGUCAAAGAACGCUGCCCCGGCUUCACAAGCCCCUGCACCGGUACCGAAGGAGCCCACCCGGCGGUCGGGCAGAAUCCGCGCCGCGGUCAGGAAGCCAAUCUCUAUAGUAACCCCGCCGCCCGUGAAGAUCAGCACGCCUCCCGCGAGGAUCACUUCCACUCCAGCAAGAUAUGCGUCGCCUGCCGCUACGAAGAAGGGCUCUGCGAAAGCCAUCGGCCGCUCGACGAAGGCCACGCACUCGAAGAACGCCCCGACGCGCUCGAUCGCCCCGCUUCCGGCCCGUGCGCGCAAGACUGCCGCAGCGCCUGCGCGCACGACCGUACCCGCGCGAGAAAUCGCCCCGCUACCCGCUCGCGCGCGCUCCACGCGCUCGAACUCGGCCGCGUCUGCCUCGUCCGCUCGGACUACGCGAUCCAGCGCGUCGAGCGCGACGCUAGUGCCCUCGCGGGCGAGCUCGAAGAGCAAGGAACGGGCCGUCUCCCCCAUUCUCGAAGACGACGAGGAUGACGAGGCGGAGGAGACGGACUGCGAGGAGUCGGAUGAGGGCGAUGAAGAGGAGCCGGAGAGCUGCGUUGAGGGAAAGAAGAAGGGCGGCAGGCAGCUCAAGCAAGCGGAGUACGACGACACCACGCCAGAGGCGAAGAAAAUUAUCGAGGAUACCGCCGAGACGCUGGAGAAAGCGAAUGGUUCAGAGUAUGGCGUCCACGCCAUCGUCGCCGGCGAGAUGAUGGCCAGGUUCCGCAGAGAGCAGCGCGAAAGGACGAAGCGACAGCGUCUGAACGCAGAACAGGGCACCGCGAAGAAGUCGCCGCCCCUGGACCUGGAGGCGCGCAUCGAGCGCCACCGGACGGACGAGAUGGUGAAGUCAUUCGCCGCGCAUACGGUUGUGUGCGCGGCGUGCGACACGCCCGUCGGCACCGACUUCGACCACGAGGCGUACUACGCGGCGUGGAACAAGCACAAGUUUGAGAAGUGCAAGGCGAUCCUCGCGUGGGAGGACUAUCCGCCGAGCCAGGAGACGAUGAAGGAGUGGCAGCGGGCGCGCAACAAGUGCGCGGAUGGGAUGCUGAAAGUCUACCCGGACGCGCUGGAGAAGUUCGGGGGCGACUGCGUCUGCAAACAGCUUGGCCUCGAGAAGGAGCGGCGCGAGGCGGUUGCUGCUCAGAGGGCAAAGAGGGCGGAGGCACGGGCGGCAGCCUCUGCUUGA